AUGCGCACUAAACCAUCGGUCAAACCAUCCCACUAUCCAGCGAUACCCUUCCACAUCAUUCGCAUAACCGGUUUCAUCGCGACCUUCAUCAUAGGCAUCAUUCUAGCUGUGUUUAUCAGCAACCUCCACAGCAAUGGUUACAAACUUCCUUGGGCUUUCCUGGUCCUCCUAAUAGCGGUCGUGCUCACCCUGCUCAACUUCAUCUUCACAACACUACUACACUGUUUCCACGGCCUCUCCCCACGCCUCAACCUAACGACCAAUUCCGUCCUCCUAGUCCUGUGGCUGAUCUCCCUUGGCCUUUUAAGCUACAGUAUGGCCCACACCAUACUAACCAGCUGUACCACAACCUACUGGGGCACUUCAACCGGCAUCAAGGUCUGCCGCAUUUACAAAGCCCUCUUUGCAUUCACCGUCCUUGCAACUGCCACUCACAUCGCCGCCGUCAGUCUGGAUGUGAUCAUUCGCAGACGCCAGACCCGCCUUGGCCAAUACGACCCGAUGGCCAGCAACGCCGCCCUCAACGAAUACAAGAUGCACAACCGCGGGAGCAGUGUGAUGUCCGGGGGAAUGGGUCCCUACCACCCAGACGACAUGUAUGCCCAGCAACACCCUUCGCAGCCGGGUCCCUACGAAUACCCUGUCGGCCAGGAAGCCUAUCAUGAUACGCCGCCGACUAUGCCCGGUGGAUACAUGUCUCCGCCCCCGUCGUACGGUGGGUUGGGGAAUCAUGCCAUCGCGGCGGGGGAGCAGGAUCACGCGUACGAGGUGGAGAACUAUGGCGAUGCUGCGGCAGCGGGAGACCUUGGAGCACAAUCCCGUGUGCCGAGAGUAAGAUACAGCGCGUAUGGAGCUUCCGCAUCCUCAAUGGGAUAUAAUCGUCCCGCAGAGCAGACGGGCUAUGAUGCUGGAGCUUACCGAUAG